AUGGCAUUGUUAUAUGCCCUGGCAAAGGUCCUAUGGCCUAUGUUCGUGGUCUUUGCAGCGGUUCGGCUUUACAAAAAUGGGCCAGAGUACUCCCUGAUGACCCUCCAGUCAAUCAUCUCGCCCGUGGCCGACCACACGGCCAUAUCUCCACAUGCCGCAAGCUGGAGGUCAUGGUUUCAUCCGUCCCAAAUAGAAUUUGAUCCUAGUCUCGGGCUCGUGAAAAAAGAUUGGAAUAUCUUGCAUCACCUCGGCGGUAACGGACCUUGGGUCGAGAUGUUGGAGAAAAGUGGGAAAACACCAGAUUUGACGCCGCUACCUGGUUGUUCAAUUGACCAAGUGCACUUGAUGUCGCGGCAUGCAGAGAGGUAUCCCACGCUGCUGGUUGGGUAUCGUCACUUGAAAUUCUUGGAACGUGCCAGAUUAAUUGAGACACGUUUCAACGGCUCACUCGAAUUCCUGAAUGACUGGACUUACUUUACUGAUAAUCCCGAACGAGAUUUCGGCCAGUUGACACACACAGGUCCAUAUGCAGGCACGCUGAGUGCUUUUACCAAUGGCGUGCGCUUCCGGACGCGCUACAGCGAACUUUUACCGAAGAAUAUUUCGACCAGAUUCUGGGCUAGUGACUCGGAACGUGUCAUUGAUUCUGCCCGCUACUUUGCCUCUGGACUAUUCGGUCUUGACUGGGACAGUCGAGGCAAGGCCGAGCUUGAGAUCAUCCCGGAGACCUUUGAGCGAGGAGCAGAUACCCUGACGCCGGGUGAUACGUGCCACAAAUACCUCGAGGACACGAUACAGGGUCAUGAUAAUGGCGACACAAUGCUGGCACGCUAUCAAAACGUGUACGCCCCAAGUAUAGCGCAGCGAUUGAUCAAAGAAAAUCCAGCGCUGGGCAGUCUACUCAAUACGGAAGUAUACGGUAUGCAGGAGAUGUGUGGAUUUGAGACUAUGGUUCGUGGGUCCAGUCCCUGGUGUGAUGUGUUUACCGAGGAGGACUGGCGCCAUUUCGAGUAUGCCCGCGACAUCAAGCACUACUAUGGCUCUGGGCCGGGAAAUCCGUAUGGAGGAGCAAUGGGAUGGCUCUGGUUAAAUGCCACCGCCACACUGCUCCAGGCUGGACCAGAAGCUGGCUCGAUGUUUUUGAGCUUUGUACAUGAUGGAGAUAUUUCACCCCUACUCGCAGCGCUGGAUAUCUUCAAAGACUCGCAAAAUACUCCCCUUCCACUCACACAUAUUCCAGCAGAUCGUGCCUGGAAGACAUCGACUAUUCUACCUAUGGGCGCGAGGAUUACAUUUGAACGAAUGACCUGCCCGACUGAGGAUGACAGGGAUGACGAGGUGUAUGUCCGCAUCAACAUUAAUGAUCGAGUCGUGCAGCUACCGGGCUGUGUGGCGGAUCCCGGCCAUACCUGUUCUUUGGUUAGUUUCAUUCAUUAUGUGAACAUUAGAAAGGAGAAAGUUGGGGAUUUUGGUGAGGUGUGUGGACUGGAGGGACAUGCUAGAGAGAUCACUUUCUUACAUCAGAAUUGA